GGAAAGGUGGGGGACGAAGAAGGCCAGUUGUACGGUCGUGGAGAAGAUGAAGACGAGUAUGUUCACGAAGGACCUACGGACACGAGUCAUGGUCAAGUCACUGCACAGAAAGAAAAAGAGCAUCAUCAUCGUCAUCGUCAAGACCUUAAUUCCAGAGGGAGCACGAACAGCACCUCCUCAACAACCUCAGAGCAGAAAAAUAUUGAAGCUAGCACUAGGGUGG